AUGAACGCCUUGAGACUCGCGAGACCUGUUGCGACAUUUGUUCGUCGUCCUGCAGCUGUUGGCACCACCACGCGCUUCAUGGGUGCACCUAUUGCCAGCCAAAUGGCCCGAUUCAGCAGCUCGCCCAUUGCCAGACAUGCUGCACCUGUCGAAGAUAACAACAAGGCCACCAACUACAAGGCACCUGGUGUGCUCGAUGUGGCUGCUCGUCACCUUUUGCUUACUGAACUUAUGCGAGGCAUGUGGGUCGUCUUGGAGCAGUUCUUCCGUCCUCCCUACACCAUCUUUUAUCCUUAUGAAAAGGGUCCCUUGUCCCCUCGUUUCCGUGGUGAGCACGCUCUUCGUCGUUAUCCUACUGGUGAGGAACGUUGCAUUGCUUGUAAGCUUUGUGAAGCCAUUUGCCCUGCUCAAGCUAUCACCAUUGAAGCCGAACCUCGUGAGGAUGGUUCUCGUCGCACCACUCGUUACGAUAUCGACAUGACCAAGUGCAUUUACUGUGGUUUCUGCCAGGAAGCUUGUCCAGUUGAUGCUAUUGUUGAGACUGCUAACUAUGAGUACAUUACCGAGACCCACGAGGAAUUGCUUUAUAACAAGGAAAAGUUGUUGGCAAACGGUGACAAGUGGGAGGUUGAAAUUGCUAGAAACCUUCAAUCUGAGCAUCCCUACCGCUAG